AUGACGGUCUCUCAACUCGUCCGCCGCGGCGUCGAGGCCUUCUCUGGUGCCGAGGAUGGGAAGAUGCCCAAUCUCCAGGUCGGAGUCGGAUCUCCUGUCCUCGCCGUCCUGCUUUUCAUUACGAUCGUUGCCUUGUUCUUCACCACGAUCUCCAUCGCGUACACCUACGGUCAACUAGUGCCAACUCUCGCUGUCGUGGAGGACUCCAACCCCGAACUCUAUCUUCGCGUGGACAAUGACCCUGCCAACAAGAACCCCGCCGACCCGAACGAAGCUGAGAUGGAGGUCGAAACACCCGCUCCUAGGCCCAUCACGAGCAAGCUGCGCACUACAAUUUCCCACCUUCGCGCUCGUGCUGGCCGUCUCUCCCGUUUCCGUGGCUUCAGCAUGUUUAUCACGAUGGUGCUGGCCGAGAGCAUCGUCACGUCUUUUGUUCCGUUGUCGCCGAGCUCGGUCUUCGGUGGUUUCAUUGUCAAAAUGAUAGUUUCCGUUCUGCUCGCCAAUCUCCAAGUUGCUUGGGUGCAUAUUGUGAUUUCCGAGCCUUCUCCCAAGCGCUUCUACCAGCGCAUCCCAAGCUUCCGCUCUCUGCAGAAGAUUCUCCCUGCAGCUGCUUUCGAAAACCUUCUCACCUGGGGUGCAUACUACGUCACCCUCUUCCUCAUUCGCCUGAUUCACGGACUCAAGGAGUUUGACCUCAUUCGCGAUGGCAACGGGUCGCCCAACCUCGUGCGGAGUGCUGCUAGCAUCACGGCCAUCGCGGGCUUUGUCAGCUGGCUUGCCUCCUUCCCUGCCAGGGUUAUCUUCGUCCGUGUCGCGGCAUCUAUGCUCCCGGCGGAGGACGAAGCCAUCAUUCCUUUUGAUCGAAGCUUCGAUGGAAAGGUCGCCCCGGAGGUUGUUGGAGGUGGUGUCUUGAGCAUCACCGACGCCUGGAAGACCAUGGACCGCGAUGGAUGGAAGCGUUACGUCAAGGCUAACUUCAAGGCCAUGGCCCUGUAUACUGCCACUGUUGUGCUCUUCUCCACCCUUAUCACGGCUGAGAUUCUUGGUGGUGCUCUCGCCAUCAAGUCCGGAGAUGACAACUAA